UUGCCCCUUGUCCUUCCUCACACCAUAAUCGAAACGAACGAACAAAACACUCGCAAAUUUCUCAUCAAGCUCAAACACAAAUUACUUUCUAUUUUUUCUUUGAUCUCUAAAUAAUGGCGGGUAAAGGUGAAGGUCCAGCUAUCGGUAUCGAUCUCGGUACUACCUACUCUUGCGUCGGUGUUUGGCAACACGACCGCGUCGAAAUCAUCGCCAACGAUCAAGGCAACCGUACCACUCCUUCCUACGUUGCUUUCACUGACUCCGAGCGUCUCAUCGGUGAUGCCGCCAAAAAUCAAGUCGCCAUGAACCCUACCAACACCGUCUUCGAUGCUAAACGUCUGAUUGGGAGAAGAUACAGUGAUCCGUCGGUUCAAUCGGAUUUAAAGCACUGGCCAUUCACGGUUAAAUCCGGUCCAGCUGAGAAGCCUAUGAUCACAGUCAACUACAAGGGAGAGGAGAAACAGUUCUCUGCCGAGGAGAUCUCUUCCAUGGUUCUCAUUAAGAUGCGGGAGAUUGCUGAAGCUUUCCUUGGCUCUCCUGUUAAGAACGCUGUUGUUACCGUACCUGCUUAUUUCAACGACUCUCAGCGUCAGGCGACUAAGGACGCUGGUGUUAUCUCUGGUCUCAACGUGAUGCGUAUCAUCAACGAGCCAACCGCUGCUGCGAUUGCUUACGGUCUUGAUAAAAAGGCGUCGAGUGUUGGCGAGAAGAAUGUUUUGAUCUUUGAUUUGGGAGGUGGUACUUUUGAUGUUUCUUUGCUUACGAUUGAGGAAGGUAUCUUUGAAGUGAAGGCCACGGCUGGUGACACGCAUCUUGGUGGUGAGGACUUCGACAACAGGAUGGUUAAUCAUUUUGUUCAGGAGUUUAAGAGGAAGAACAAGAAGGAUAUCACUGGUAACCCGAGAGCUUUGAGGAGGCUUAGGACAGCUUGUGAGAGGGCUAAGAGAACUCUUUCUUCUACUGCUCAGACGACUAUUGAAAUCGACUCUUUGUACGAGGGUAUUGAUUUCUACACAACCAUCACUCGUGCUAGGUUCGAGGAGCUCAACAUGGAUUUGUUUAGGAAGUGUAUGGAGCCAGUGGAGAAGUGUUUGAGAGAUGCUAAGAUGGAUAAGAGCAGUGUUCAUGAUGUUGUACUUGUUGGUGGCUCUACAAGAAUCCCUAAAGUGCAGCAGUUGUUACAAGACUUUUUCAAUGGGAAAGAGCUCUGUAAAAGCAUUAACCCGGAUGAAGCUGUUGCUUAUGGAGCUGCUGUCCAAGCUGCGAUCUUGAGCGGGGAAGGGAACGAGAAGGUCCAAGACUUGUUACUUCUUGAUGUUACUCCUCUGUCCUUGGGUUUGGAAACCGCCGGUGGGGUUAUGACUGUUCUGAUUCCGAGGAACACAACUAUUCCGACGAAGAAAGAGCAGAUCUUCUCUACCUAUUCAGACAACCAGCCUGGUGUUCUGAUCCAAGUCUACGAAGGGGAGAGAGCAAGGACGAAGGACAACAACCUUUUGGGAAAGUUCGAGCUCAGCGGUAUACCACCUGCUCCACGAGGUGUUCCCCAAAUUACGGUCUGCUUCGACAUUGACGCCAAUGGUAUCCUAAACGUGUCGGCUGAGGACAAGACGACUGGUCAGAAGAACAAGAUCACAAUCACAAACGACAAGGGAAGGCUAUCAAAGGAAGAGAUCGAGAAGAUGGUACAGGAAGCAGAGAAGUACAAGGCUGAGGAUGAAGAACACAAGAAGAAGGUUGAUGCAAAGAACGCUCUCGAGAACUAUGCAUACAACAUGAGGAACACGAUCAAGGACGAGAAGAUAGCAUCUAAGCUUGAUGCAGCUGACAAGAAGAAGAUUGAAGAUGCGAUCGACCAAGCUAUUGAAUGGUUGGAUGGUAACCAGCUGGCGGAGGCAGAUGAGUUCGACGAUAAGAUGAAGGAGCUCGAGUCUCUUUGCAACCCUAUCAUUGCUAGGAUGUACCAAGGCGCUGGACCUGAUAUGGGUGGUGCUGGGGGAAUGGACGAAGAUGCUCCUGCUGGUGGUAGCGGCGGUGCUGGCCCCAAGAUUGAAGAAGUUGAUUAAGCUUUUUUAAGAUUCUCUUGUUGUACUCUGUUCACUUUUAAUUUUCUAGUUGGUGUAACCUAGUUUAUCUUUCUGUGUUACUCUGAACCUGCCUGCUUUAUGAUCAAUUUGAUGUUUUAAGAUUUUUGCUUUUA